CCACAGCCACCGCAUUUAGUGCGUAUCAGUGUAGGUGACUCUAUACCCGUAGCCAUAGCUGUAGGUAACUAUGCAUUCCGUCUCAAGAGCAUACCUGUCCCUGUCCUCCCUACCUCAUCCUGUACUCGUACCUCGACCCAUAUCCAAGAAGUAGAGGCAGAAGUAGAGGCAGAAGUAGAGGAGAGAGCCAGAGACAGAAUCAGAGCAGAAGCCGACUCAGAAUCAUGAGCCAAGACCAAGACUACGUGUACUCUUACACUGCUACUGCUACUGACGAGCGAAAUAGCCAGCGGGCCCAUCGUGAGACUCACUUGACUUUCAUGCCACACUUCCAAGUACUUCCUACAUCGCACCCUUUGCUAACCUCACUUCACACAGUCCUGCCUCCGACAGCAUCACCCUCCCAUCAAAUCACUCCCACUCCCCAAUCUCUCACCUCGGGCGAAUCCCAAGUCACCGUCAUUCCCUGGCUCACCCCGCCGACAUCUUCACAUCAGCAAAUCCCAAAUCCAGCCUCACCGCAAGGCUCCUCCCAGAGCUUCCAUACCCUCCAACCAAACACCUUGCGGAAUUCCUUUGGCGUUGAUGAGGAAGCAUAUGCUUCCGACACCCCUCUCGUGGUACCAUCCGACGAGGAUCAGCCCAGAACUCACGAGCUUGUCGCAUCAGCGAAGGGCGAAGCCUUAGUCGGAAUGGAAAACGAGAGCGACAACGCAAACGAAAAUGUGGUGGAAUCCCCAACGCCUGUCGAUGACACUCCCUACCUUCGCUUUGCCAUUGAUCAAUUGACUCGCGAUGAGGAAAUCAAAGCUUUGCAGAGGGCUUCGGUCGCUGCAAGCUCGGAAUCGUAUCCCGUCGAUCGGAUAGUCGACUAUGCCGCCUUCUCUCCACGCGGCCAUCUUUCAACACAACAGCAAAGGGAAGAAUUGGCCAUCAUUCGCAAACACCGUUCAACACCAACCCCAAACGGCAGAUUAUUUGCUCAUAACCCUACCAGGCCUUUGAGUGAGGAGUCGAUUGCAACACCUAUUCCCUGGAGGCAAACGCUAUCGGCCGGUCCAGAUAUCUUUCUCCCAGUCGAUCCUCCACCUGGCAGUACCCGAUACCCACCUCUGACGUUUGUGCCUACUAUUUUACGUCCAUUUUCGAUAUUGUUGUUUUCCUUCUUAUGUCUGUUGAUGAUAAUAGCUAUAAUGUUUUGUGCAAUCUACUCGAAUUCCCACCGCGGACUUUACGACUGGAUGGGCGGUGUCAUUGGCGCUCGAUAUUUUAUUUUUGGCUUUUUACCACAAAUCCUCGCAGCCUGUAUACUUGUCUAUGCUCAUGAAGUUAUGUCUGCCACGAGAAGGAUCCUGCCGUAUGUUCUAAUGGCGAUGAAUGAUGCAUAUAUGAGAUCAAGCGCCCUCUUCCUUGAUAUAUAUCCCCAAGCACUGUUAUGGCCUGUGUUUUAUGGCGGGCCUGUCGCCAUAAGAUCAGCCCAAUUACUACUUUGGUUGGCAAUUGGGUUGAUUCCACUCCACGGUUGUUUGUUCUCCGUCAUUCAGGUUGAUGGGGUUUGGAGGUGGACAACUGUACAAGGUGUUGCUUGGACGCUCAUCGCAGUUUACGUUUUGAUCUUGGUUGGUCUGGUCAUGACUGGUGUGUUUUUCUUUCGACGAUCAACUGGUCUGAUGUGGGACCCCACAUCAUUGGCGGAUAUCAUUGCGCUCCUUCCGAGGAGGAACUGCCUUAACGAAUAUUCUGGCACAGAUAUCAUGGAUCGUCAAGAACUCCGAGAAAAGCUCGCUUUGAGAAGUGAUCGACUUGGAUAUUGGAUGACUCAACAUAAAAACAAAGGUCUCUUCUAUUGCGUUGGAGAGGAAGGAGGGAGUCCACGUCGAUACACUCUUGAGUAUGGAAGGAUCUCGGAGAAGAAAACGAUUGACGCCACGUUGGUCGAUGUCGAGGGAGACGGUGAGCUCUACUCAAGUGCCACCAGAUUUCGUCAUCUUCCUUGGCUUCUUCGAGACAGGUUUGUGAUACUAUGGGUAGUGGCAGGAUCGUUAACCUUGCUCUCUCUGAUCAUUGUAUCAUUUCUGCCCUCCACUCUUCUCGCAAAUGGCUUUAAGCCAUUGGUGCCGGCCGCACCAAAUUCCGAGGGCUUUUCUCCAUCCAAUUUUUUGUAUAGCUUUAUACCUUCGGUCAUUGGUAUAUUGCUAUACUUGUGUAUCCAGUCUGUGGACAUGACCAUUCGAAAGUUGCAGCCAUGGGCAGAACUAGGACAAUUGGAAGGAUCGCCUGCGGACAAAUCGUUGCUUCUCGAUUAUACUGCCACAGCUCCUCUCCUGGUACAUGUCAAGGCCAUCAUAGCAGGCCAUUUCCGUGUCGCUUUUCUGUCUGGGGUAUCCUUCAUAUCAAUCCUGCUUCCCAUACUCGGGGGAGGUCUCUUCUUCCCUUUGACAAGUCAAGCAGGAGACGUAAGAAUGUUUCCCAACUUACCAUCCUUCUACAUCUGCCUCACGAUCUUGAUCAUCUACGUCAUAGCACUCUGUUCGCUCAUCCCUAACCGAACAUCAUUGAAAUUACCACAUGAAGUGAGCUGUCUGGCGGAAAUCUUCAGUUUCGCACACGCGAGCAAGAUGUUGGAUGAUGCUGCCUUUGACGCUCCUCGAUCCAAAGAGGAUUUGGUGACGGGCCUCACGGUCACACCAGAGGGACAUCGACACGCGACCAUUUAUGGAUUUGGGAUGUAUCGUGGGAGAUAUGGUAGAGAUUGUUUUGGUGUUGAUAAAUUGGGCCGCCCUGGUUCUACGAGAAUGUCUAUUAUUGGGGGGAGGUAGGUGAUGGCUCAUGGAGUUGUACCAUAUUUACAUUCCCGAUACUUUUUUUUUGGGGGGGGGGGGNCGUUUUAGCGAUCUUGAUGAGGUUAUGGCGUAUGAAUGGAUGAAUGGAUGGAUAGAUGGGAUUGGAUAUGAAAGCUACUUAUGAAUGAGCUCUCGACAUAGGGUUGUAGGUAUGGGGAUAGAAGAUACUGUAAAGUGUAAUUUAUAUAAAUCAUAAAUGAGAAAGAAAUGAGAAAUGGAUAAUAUAAUGG